AUGGGCUCUGCAACAGAAAUUCCAAACACGGAAAAAGAUCAAGAGAUCCCCGACUGGAACCUCACUGAGGUAGACCGCAUGCUCCUUCGUCAGACCGACGAGGAAUAUGAGUCACACUCCUGGGACGAGCUCAAAUGGAUAAUCCAGGAAAAUAGACUCGAACUCUUCAAGCGCCUCCCCUCUCACCUCAGACGCUACAUCCAAUGGUCUAAGGGUAUUAAAAAGCAGUACGGCGGCAUCCUCAACUACAUCUGUCAGGAGCGACUCCGCUGGGACCAGCAAGAGUCCAAACAAGUCGUUUUUAAGAAUCCGAUCCCCUUUGCAAGUCCAUCCGACUAUUGCAUCCGCUUCAACGACUGGCCCUACGGAGUCGCACCGGGCAUCUGGCACCUGGUCGUCUGGCUGAAGACACCGUUUCCUGUGCAGGAGGAUGGAAAUCUGACCACAGAAUCGCGUGCACGCAUUGAGACGUUCGUGUCGGCUACUUUUGUGCAACGGUUGGCGAGAGAAGCCCGUGUGGAUGCGCCUGAGGACCGCGUUUUGUGGUUUAAGAAUUGGGCUGCGUUGCAGAGCGUGUCGGCCCUGGAGCAUUUCCAUGUUAUGGUGAGGGACGCAAGCGAGGAGGCUUUGAGGGAGUGGAUUGGAGCAGAUCAUAUGCUGAUGAUUUGUGAUGUGUCUGAGUAG